AUGCAAGCAGAAGAGUUUUUACACAUAUCUGAGAAGAAAACAGCGCCUCCAACAGAAUCAGAAACAAAGAAACAAGUAAAGAAGAUAAGGAGAUGCGGAAUAUGCAAAAAAGUAGGACAUUCUAGAAACGUUUGCCCAAAUAAUAAGGAUUUAAAUAUACCAUUUGAAUGGAAUAGAAAUACAGAGACAUUUUGCGGGAUGAUUACACCAACUCAUGGAAAAGCUAAUGGCGUUUCAAUGGCUAAAAAUAAUAAAAAACGUAAAUCAGAAUCUAAUGUAUGUAAUGGAACAAAAACGCCGACGAAUUGUGAAUUAGGAUAUACAAAUGAUAAUAAGGAUGAUAUAAUAUUUUCUCAUGUUCAUCCAUUUAAAGUAUCUAAUAAUCACGAGGAAAUUAUUCCAUCUAUGGAUUUUUUAUUUCCAUAUGAAAACAUGAAAUGGUAUGAAAGCAUGGAAUAUUCAGUUGAUUUUGAAAAUAUACAACCUGGUUCUCGAAAAGAUAUGCUUGCAUUUUGUAAAUUCAAUUCGUAUAGAAAGAUCAAUUAUGAAGAUAUUUUGGACGAUUCUCCAUUAUUUAAACCUCUUUCUAAUAGUAUUUUUGAUUUUAUUGAGGACGAAAUGGGAAGUAAAAGUCCAAUUCUUAAUUUUUAA